GUUACAUAAGAAGAGAGAAACCCUUUUUCUUCUAGAGAGAGAAACCGAGCACGCAGAAGAGAGAGAAAGCUUCGCAGCAGCAGUCAUCACGAAAACCAUGGCGGCAAUCGUCUCCCCCUGGGGCGCCAAGCCCGGCGCGUGGGCCCUCGACUCCGAGGAGCACGAGGACGAGCUCCUCCAGCAGCAGAAAUCUGACGCCGCCAGCGGCGGCCCCGCGGUGGCGGCGGCGGCGGCGGCGGCGGCGCCGCUUGCCGACUUCCCCUCCCUCUCCGCCGCGGCCACCAAGCCUAAGAAAAAGAAGGGCCAGGCCAUCCCGCUGGCCGAGUUCCACACAAAGCGCGCUGUUCCCAAAUAUGAACCGUCCAAGGGCCUCACGCGCGAGGAUCUCCUGAUGCUGCCCACCGGCCCGCGCGAGCGGUCCGCGGAGGAGCUGGACCGGAGCCGUCUCGGCGGGGGCUUCAAAUCGUACGGCACUGGACGCUAUGGAUCGAACAAUUCCGGGGAGGACUCCUCGAACUCGCGGUGGGGCUCGUCUAGGGUUUCGGACGAUUCGGGGAGGCAAGGAGGGUUCGGUAGGGACGAGAGCAGGGAGUCUUUGACCUCGCGGGCUGAUGAGGUCGAUGACUGGUCUAGUAUGAAGAAAUCGACGGCGGGAAAUGGUUUUGAGAAAAGAGAGAGGGGGGCGUUCUUCAGUUCGCAGUCGAAAGCUGAUGAAUCGGAUAGUUGGGUGUCGAAUAAGAGUUCUGAGCCACGGCGGUUCGGCGGUGAAGUGGGCAGAGAGAGGAGAGCGUUUAGCAGAGGGGGUUUUGAGGGUUCUAAUGGCGGGGGCGCAGAUGCUGAUAGAUGGGGCAGAAGGAAGGAAGAUGAGGGUAGUUUUGGCAGCGGCACAGAUGCUGAUAAAUGGAGCAAGAGGAAGGAAGACGAGGGUGGUUUUGGCAGCGGCACAGAUGCUGAUAAAUGGAGCAAGAGGAAGGAAGACGAGGGUGGUUUUGGCAGCGGCGCAGAUGCUGAUAAAUGGGGCAAGAGGAAGGAAGACGAGGGUAGUUUUGGGAGUUCAAGGCCCAGGCUGAAUUUACAGCCCAGGACGGUGGCUGUUAGUGAUGGGGCAGGGUCAGGUUCCGGUGCAGUGUCAAAGCCGAAAGCAUCGAGCCCCUUUGGAGAGGCGAGGCCGAGAGAGGAGGUGUUGAAGGGAAAGGGGCAGGACUGGAAGGAGAUUGAUGAGAAGUUGGAUACAAUGAAGAUUAAAGAAGUGGAGACAGGGGAUAAGGGAGAUGGGUAUUUUGGGAGGAGGAGCUUUGGGAGUGGAAAUGGAAGGGCCAAUUUACAAGAGGACAAGACCGAGGGGAGGUGGAAGAAGAAUGAUUCCAAUGAGGUCACCGUGGCACCUUCCCCAAGCGUUGAGAAUGACGACAUUGGAGAUGACAUUGGAGAUGACAUUGGAGUCGAAGGAAACUAAAUGGCGGAGAAGUUUCACAUAAUGACAGCUCGAGAGGAAGAGGAAGAGCACUUGCUUUAUAGCGGAUUGGCAGUUUUGAUCUGGUUGACUUAAGCUUUUUUAUUUGCAUCUCUGUGUUGGUUGUGAUUUUUGAUGUCCAUCAGUUAUGUGGAGAAUUCUUUUGGUGGAUUUCGCUUGUUACUACACGUUUGGUGGCAGCGGAUGUAUGUCAUAUGGACCUUAUAGUUAAUUUUUGUGGCUGCAAUGUAGUUGUUCCGACACUGCGACGACAGUGAUGAGAUAGACCAUAACUUAAGACAGUGACCAAAUAAGUGGUAUAUGUCUUUUGGUGCUGUUAACUUCUCUUUAACUGUUUUCAAUUUAUACACUGA